AUGGCCUCCAAGCUGACCCCAUUUCUCUCCAGAGGCGCACCGAGGGCUCUGCGCCAGCUCCAGCGGACCCAAUGGCGGUCCCUGAGCGCCACAGCGCAGCGGCGGAGCGACACCCUCUUCGUCCAUCGUAAUACCGAUGUCAAUAACCCCUCGAUACCCUUCAAGUUCAACGCGCAGAACGAGAAGCUCAUCGAAGAGAUCCUCACCCGCUACCCGCCCCAGUACAAGAAGGCCGCCGUGAUGCCGCUCCUGGACCUUGGACAACGCCAACACGGUUUUACGAGCAUCAGCGUCAUGAAUGAGGUGGCUCGGAUACUCGAAAUGCCACCAAUGCGUGUGUACGAGGUGGCUACCUUCUAUACCAUGUACAACCGGGAUCCGGUCGGACGCUUCCACGUCCAGGUAUGCACAACGACUCCAUGCAUGCUGUGCGAUAGCGACUCGGUAUGGAAAGCCUGCGUGGAUUUCCUGGGCAUCCAAAACGGAGAGAUGACCAAAGAUGGACUGUUCACCCUCACCGAGGUCGAGUGCCUGGGCGCCUGUGCAAAUGCUCCCAUGGUGCAGAUAAAUGACGACUAUUACGAGGAUCUCACAUACGACCGCACCAUCAACCUUCUUAAGGCCCUCAAGCACUCCGCGGAGGCCACAGGCAUGAAGCCAGCAGAGCAAGGUGGCAUCGAAGUGCCGAGACCUGGGCCUUUGAGCGGACGAAAGAGCUGCGAGCCAGCCGGCGGGUUGACAUCUCUAACGAGCGAACCUUGGGGUAACGAAAUGUUGCGGAAGGAUGGGGAGCUAUAG